AUGGACGGUUUCGAGGAUGACGAUCCCUUUGAGUGGUCAAUCGAUCAAGUUAUCGCUCACCUUUGUCAUUCCUCUGCGCCGUGGGCUCGUUCUUCGCUUCCUCGUCCCGACUCAACAACCCUCGAGACAUCCCUUCGAGAGAAUGAUGUCACGGGAGAAAUACUACUCACAGAGAUAAACAAGGUGACGCUGGCUCAAGAUUUAGGUUUGAAAUCACUUGGGCAGCGCGCUACAAUAUUUAGAGCAGUCGAGGAACUACAGAAGCGGUCGCGAAAAUACGCAGAAUAUACACAGUCGCGCCAGGUCAACCCAUCUUAUCCUAUCGAAACCACACCCCAAAUCGCCCCCAGCUCGAGCCGCCCCCCCGAGACACCGUUUCAUGCCAUUCCUUCUGCUGGGGAUGACCCCGCUGCGCACAGUAGGAUGACCACUGUAUCCCAAAGUCCCAGCAAGGCAUCGGAGGCACAGAGGCAGGAAAAAGCUUAUUUGGCAGCCACAGGCAGUGCUUCAGUGAACUGUCGGUCAAACGAGGCUUAUGUCAUUGAUAGGACCGGGAAAAAACGUCGCAAGUUAUUCCUGAGACAACUCCAGUCCCAUAGAACUGGGACUUGGGAGGAGGACUCUGGGAUUAAUCGAUCUUCUGCUUAUCUAGGGCCUACAAAGGUGACACUUCCGGAUCUCUUUUACAAUAACAUGGAAGACAGUGACGACGAAGCCUUUGUAUUGGAGGGAGCAAAAUGCCCCAUUGGCCAAAAACGUUUUGUGAACAAACGUGUCCAGCACUACUUUCUAGAGGAGCACUUCUCAAUACAAACUAAAGAAGGAAAGAAUGCCGUUGCCAUAUUUCCAUACAGCUCGAAAAUUCUACCUCCGGGCGAACUACAAUUUUUCACUCUAUUCACGCAGGACCAGGGGAUUGUCAAGGUCACAAAAGAGGACAUCAUUGACUGGCCUCAAUUCAAGGAACGAGAUGAAUUUGACUACCUGCUCGACAAGUACCCAACUGAGGCAGGUCAAGGCUUACCACCUUACGGGGAUUCUGGGUCGGAAAACGAAUAUGACUCCGAUACAUGGCAGGAGAUCAAGCUCGAGGAACAGGAAGUAGAAGUCGAAAAGCAAAAAUCGAAAAUACUGUCUGGUCCAGAAGUUGACGGCAUUAUUGACAGAUAUAUUGAGCUCACUUCGCGAAAGUGGUGUGACCAGAAGCUGCCAAUUCAUCAACGUAAGGCUCAACGGCUGUGGUUGUCAUCGAGAAAGAGGGAUACAAAAUAUUCCGAAAUCAAAUCUGCACAGAGUACCAUUGCUCAUUUAGAGCGACGUUUGAAAUCACUUCGAAAGGCCAUAAAAGAUACUUCCUGGUCAAAGGUGAACGAGGUACAACAACAAUGCCAGUCCAUGGAGGAGACUCUUUUCAAUAAGGAAGCACAAAAGUGGAAAAUAUCUGUGUUAGAACUCGACACAUGUCCUCCAAAGCCUCCAUCUGCGGCUGCUCCCGCCAAGCGUCCAAAGCCCUCGAUACCCGAGGAUGAGGAGUGGCUAAGCUCUGAAGGCAACGAUGAAGAUAUCGAUGAUAUCAAUGAUUUUAUUGUCCCGGACAAUGAUGUGCCUGUUUCGGAUCGAUCGGGGGAUAAAAGAGAGCCUUCCAGAACCGCUCCAACCUUGCCCAGAGAGGCACAAGUUAGUGAAGAUGUUCCUAUACCCAGGUCUUUGCGAGAACAACACGUUCAAAAUUCUAGUUCCUCAGAACCGAGGUCUGUUCGACAACGGUCUGCUGAGCAUGUUCUGUUGAAAAAUUCAACCUCACCGGCACCAUUACGAGAGAUGAAACAGUAUCUUCAUGGGCCGAUUGAGGUUGUAGAUUUAACAAAAAGCUCGGAUGAGACAUCUGAUCAUAAUUUCGAUAUUCAAACUCCGCCGCUGAAUCCUGUUAAUGAUACCGCACUUCCGCCUCCUUCACCGCGAUCGCAACUGCUUCACGACUUCACUCGGGUUAAGAAACAAAGACAAGGGACAUCAGAAUUACAGGUUUUAGACCCGGUAUACAUCGCGGAAACAGCACGUAUAGGCUGGUCAGUGCUCGAGGAGCGACUCGACCGUGACCGUUUAUUGAGCAAACUAAUUUGGUCCAUGCCUCAGCAGGAGCGUCGUGAUUUGCACCAAUUAACCAAUUCAAUCGAAUUAGAAAAAGCAAAAAAGCGUGUCCGGAAAGCUUUACGCAGUGUAUUACAUCACUCCUAUCAAAUCCAAAAUAGUCGCAAGCAUACCCUAUUUUUGAGGAUAGCCGCACUUUAUACAUCCUGGCUUCGCUGCAAAAAGAUAUCGGCCAUGCAAGGCAUCCCAAAAGCGUUUAUUGAGGGUACACUGCGGGAUAAAAUUAGUUACGAUGUUUUUCACCCUAAGCUUUGUGAAGCUCUCAGAGCAUUUUCAGACGUGAAAGAUCCGGUAACAAAGGCUGCUGCUGGGAAACCACCGGAAAUUUCCACCAACAAAAGUGAUGAGCCGGAACGUUCCACUUCCUCUCAAAUCUCUGGGGCUGAGCAAACUCAGGACCAGGAUCUUCAAGAACUUUCCUCAGGUUCUGAAAUCGAAGCACACCGCACUCCUCACAAAAAACGAAAAAGAGCUGUGAAAGAGAGUCAAGAAGCCAUGGACAGUCAGAGAAAUGCUCAGCGACGUGUUGAGCUUCAGGAAAAGCAACGGGAACAACUUGCCCGCAGGCUACGUGGAACGGGGAUAAGCAACACAGAUCCAGAACGGCAGGUUGUUAGCUUUGAUGAUCCGGUGAUAUAUCUUCAUCGCCACAUCGGUGCGCGAGUGAAACCCCACCAACUGAGCGGCAUUCAGUUCAUGUGGCGAGAAUUGAUUAAGGAUGAGAAACGCCAGGGGUGCCUUUUAGCUCACACAAUGGGACUGGGGAAGACGAUGCAGGUGAUAUCGCUUUUGGUGACCAUCGCCAAUGCCGCCGCCUCUGACGACCCUAGAGUGAGGAACCAAAUUCCCAAAGCCCUUCGACGUUCUCGUACCCUUGUGCUAUGUCCGUCCUCGUUAAUCGAAAAUUGGUGGGAGGAGCUUUUGAUGUGGACGCCUAGUGACUCUCAGACCAGCCGCAACAUUGGACCGUUUCGCAAAAUUUUGCCCACACUUCAACUUGAAGAACGCCUAGACGGGAUAGCAUCCUGGUACAUGGAUGGUGACUGGAUCGCACCCGGCUAUCUUGGAGACUUCGUACAAUUCAAGGCCAAGUAUAUUGAACCGAUUCAGGAAGGCCUCUAUGCGGAUAGUUCACAGUGGGAACGUCGGCAGUCAUUAAAGAAGCUACAAGUUCUGAAAAAGGAUAUCGAUCCAAAGCUUAACCGAGCAGAUAUUUCAGUCCUCAAAGGGUCUCUUCCACCAAAAGUUGAGUUUGUAAUCACCGUUCCGUUAACUCCACUUCAGGAACAAGCAUAUAACACUUAUGUCGCCGCCCUUGCGGCUAAUAACGAUACUGCUGGGAAUCCAAAACUAUGGGAUUGGUUGUCGAUCUUGUCACUCCUGUGCAAUCAUCCAGGUUGCUUUAUGGAGAAGCUCCGAGAUCGAAGCAAAGGUUUCCAGAAGCCGCCGUCAAGCCUGGUGUCCCCUGAUUCCGAUUCUGAAAUACCAGAGGACCCUUCGAUACCUCAUGUUCUCCUCUCUUCUGAGGUACUUGCAAGGAUAGAGAAAGAUUUCCCCACCGGCAUGGACAUGUGGUCACUCGAGCUGUCGCACCGAGCACAAGUAGCGGAUCAAAUCAUUGAACGCUCUAUCGCCGCAGGGGACAAGGUGUUGUUAUUUUCACAUUCAAUCCCGACCCUCAACUAUCUUGAGCUUGUUUUAAAGCAAGCAAAACGAAGCUACUCCCGACUUGAUGGGAAAACGCCUAUUGCUACACGCCAGAUAGCUACGAAGAACUUCAACUCGGGUUUCGACUCGCAAGUUUAUCUGAUCUCAACAAGAGCUGGAGGGCUAGGCCUCAAUAUCCCGGGAGCAAAUCGGGUGAUCAUUUUCGACUUCCAAUUUAACCCUACAUGGGAAGAACAAGCCGUUGGGCGAGCGUAUAGGCUCGGGCAGCUUAAACCGGUGUACGUCUAUCGCUUUCUCGCAGGCGGGACAUAUGAGGAUGUUAUGCAUAAUAGAGCCGUUUUCAAAACCCAACUUGCAUUUCGCGUUGUUGACAAGAAGAACCCUAUCCGCUGGGCGUCCAAGAAUAUUAGUGACUACCUUUUUAGUCCAAAGUUCGUUCCACAAAAGGAUCUUUCGGAGUUUAAGGGGAAAGACCCAGCGGUUCUUGAUAGGAUUCUUGCAGGGCAGAAAAACAUCAGAAAGAUCGCACUCACAGAAACCUUCCAACGUGAGGAUAACGACAAGUUGACUCCCGAGGAGGAAAAAGCCGUCCAGGAGGAGCUUGACGAUGAACGGCUCAAACGGAACGAUCCAGUUGCAUGGGCCAAAAAGCAGCAGGUGCAAGAGCCGCAGGCGACGCCUCGACGAUCAAUUUUUCCUCAUUCUCAUCCUUUGUCGGUCAUGAGAAGCGCUCAACAUCUUUCCAGUUAUAGAGCAUCUGAUCUUGUAUCUUUAUCUGCAGAUUCUAUCCCGCCAAUGACCAGCCUGGCCGUAGGUCCACCUGCGCUGACACCAGACACAAGCCUCUUCAGACCUGCCAACCAACCAAGGUUCACAAAUGAGACCAGGGUAUUGUCAUCGUUCUUCUCCGAUAUCAACGGAAAUGCGGCCCCAACACCACUGGUGCCGUCCCAAGCCAGCCUCAACGGCCCAUUACUGCCCAAUGGCGACGCAAAUCAACCCUCUAUUCCACCACCACCACCAGCAGCAACAGCAGCAAUAGCAUCAUCCAGUAAUAUCCCGAGCAGCUCAAAAGUGGACAUCAGUCAAAAGAGACCUAACAAUGUGGACAAAGACGAUGGACAUGUAACAGGAACCAGUAAUGCGAGUAAACAUCUAACAAUCGGGCAGGAAAACCAAGUCGAGACAAAUGCUGUCUCUGCUGUUGGAAAAGAAAGCGAGACACCUCAAUCUAAGACUGUGUAA